AUGACUAUGGGCAAGAUCAUCUUCUACGAGGACAGGAACUUCCAGGGUCGCUCUCAUGAGUGUAACAGCGACUGUGCCGACCUGCACUCCUACUUCAACCGCUGCAACUCCCUCAGGGUUGAGAGCGGCUGCUUCAUGGUAUACGAGCGCCCCAACUACAUGGGAAACCAGUACUUCGUGAGGAGGGGAGAGUACCCCGAUAACCAGCGAAUGAUUGGCAUCAACGACUGCAUCAGGUCCUGCCGUAUGAUCCCCAUGCACCGCGGCAACUACAGAAUGAGAAUGUACGAUCGUCCUGACAUGGGCGGCCAGAUGAUCGAGCUGAGCGACGACUGCCCCAACGUCCAGGACCGUUUCCGUAUGUCCGACAUCAACUCCUGCAACGUGAUGGACGGCCACUGGCUGAUGUAUGACCAGGCCAACUACAAGGGAAGGCAGUACUAUGUGAGGCCCGGCGAAUACAGGAGGUUCAGCGACUGGGGAGGCCAGAGCCCCAAGAUCGGCUCCCUCAGAAGGAUCACCGACUUCAACUAA